AUGGUAGAGAAGAGGAAAAGAAGAGAGGAGCUCUCUACCCAACACGUUUCAGUUUUGAUGGCUGGAAUUUCACUCCUCUCUGCCUCCCGUCUUCCCUCUCCAUCUGUUUCUUGUCUCUUACAACCCCACCACAGACUUAUCUCUCCCUCUUCCUUCAGAAUUGAAGCUUCUUCUUCUUCCUUUGCUCUGUACCCUACUCAGAACCCGAAGGUCGUCGUAACCAGAGAACGCGGCAAGAAUGGGAAGCUCAUUAACGCUCUCGCAAAACAUGGUGUUAAUUGCUUGGAACUUCCUCUCAUCCAGCAUACAGAAGGGCCUGAUUUUGAUAGACUUUCUACAGUCUUAAGUGACAAAACAUUUGACUGGAUUGUCAUAACUUCUCCAGAAGCUGGCUUGGUGUUCCUUGAAGCUUGGAAGGCUGCAGGGACCCCACAAGUUCGGAUAGGUGUAGUUGGAGGUGGUACAACAAGUAUCUUCAAGGAAGUAAUGAAUUCCGACCCGCAAUCUCUCACUGUUUCCUUUUCACCAUCAAAAGCGAAAGGAAAGGUUUUGGCUUUGGAGCUUCCCAAGCAUGGGAAUGGCACAUGCACUGUCCUGUACCCCGCUUCGAUGAAAGCUGGGCAUGAGAUUGAGGAAGGUCUAUCAAAUCGUGGAUUUGUGGUCACAAGGCUUAAUACAUACUCUACGGUACCUGUUCAUGAUGUGGAUGAAACAAUAUUGGUGCAAGCACUUUCUUCUCCAGUUGUUGCAGUAGCUUCCCCUUCAGCAGUUCGGGCUUGGGUGAAUCUUAUUUCAGAACCGGGGAAGUGGAAUAAUUCUAUUGCUUGCAUUGGUGAUACUACUGCUUUGGCUGCUAAAAGUUUAGGCUUGAAGAAUGUGUACUACCCUACAAGUCCUGGUCUUGAUGGGUGGGUUGAUAGCAUCCUAGAAGCUAUGAGAGUUCAUGACCAACUCAAAAAGGCUGUGGCUUGUUGACAAUUGUUGACAAGGAAAAAACAAGUGCAGGACUAAAGCAAGUAACUUUUGGCUUUGCCAAUGCUCGUGAGGAUCAAUAAUCUAUGUAAACGGAGAACUAAUGCAGCAAUCACUUAACUUUCCUUCAAUAGCCUCCAUUAUGCUCAAGUGGGCAGUAAGCCAGGAAGCAUUUGUUUUGAUGAUCGGGAAGCCAUCAAGUCGAUACCACGGUGAGGAGACUAUCUAAAUUUUCUUGUGAAUAUCCAACAUUGUAAAUAGUUUGAUUUUGAUCUUAAUUGAAUGCCAACAUGCUAGUCUGGAGGUCAUUCU